ACUUAGGCGAGCCCACCACCCCUCUCAGCAUGAACGCGAGGAGAGUGGAGAGCAUCUCGGCGCAGCUGGAGGAGGCCAGCUCUACAGGCGACAGUGUAGAAGAUGAAAUGGAAAUAGCCACCGUGCGGCAUCGGCCUGAGGCUCUUGAACUGCUGGAAGCACAGAGCAAAUUCACAAAGAAGGAACUUCAGAUUCUGUAUAGAGGAUUCAAGAAUGAGUGUCCCAGUGGGAUUGUUAAUGAAGAGACCUUCAAAGAGAUUUAUUCUCAGUUCUUUCCACAGGGAGAUUCUACAACCUAUGCACAUUUUCUCUUUAAUGCAUUUGACACUGAUCACAAUGGAUCUGUGAGUUUUGAGGACUUCAUUAUGGGUCUCUCAAUUUUACUCCGAGGGACAGUACAAGAAAAACUCAACUGGGCUUUUAAUUUGUAUGAUAUAAAUAAGGAUGGAUACAUAACUAAAGAGGAAAUGCUUGAUAUUAUGAAAGCUAUAUAUGAUAUGAUGGGAAAAUGCACUUAUCCUGUUCUCAAAGAGGACGCCCCUAGACAACAUGUGGAAACAUUUUUCCAGAAAAUGGACAAGAAUAAAGAUGGGGUAGUUACCAUAGAUGAAUUCAUUGAAAGCUGCCAAAAAGAUGAAAACAUAAUGCGUUCCAUGCAGCUCUUUGAAAAUGUGAUUUAACAAUGUGGUUUACUCUGCAAUUAAUGGACAAAUGUGAACUAUUCUGCAACAUUACUUAAAGCUGGAUUUGCCACAUUUAUCAUAUGUAGGAUUGCUCAGCUUUACACUGAGACACGUAUUCUGCUAAUAAGUUUUGUUUUAUUAUAAAGCAUUCCUCUCAAAAAUGAUUUCCCAAAGGUUAGGAUGUAAUAAUUUGUCCUUUAUCCAAUGGGAUAUUCUAAAAAUAUUAGGUUUUACCCCACAACUCCCAAAAAUAGCAUAGCAUCUGCCAUUAUACAGCUUUAUUACCAUUCCAACCCCUAGAUAAAAGAGGCUUUAACACAAAGAGGUCAGAAAUAGCUGUUUUUGAUACUUGUUUGUAUUGGAUUCAGCCCCAGGAUUUUAAGUGUCAACCUCUGUUUUACAGAGAAAUCACCCUGUAUUGUGUAAUACUCAUUUUUACAUAAUACUUUGAGUAAAGAUUGGUACAGUUGAUGAGCAAUACAUAUCUCCUGCAACAACAUCCAAAUUUUAUUUGGCUUUCUUUCCUCUUUUACUGAAGCCCACCUAAUUUACAUAAGAGGAAGAAAUAUUUUUUAUAAUAAAAAAUGUAAUGACUCAGAUAGACAUGUACCACUGAUAGGUAUUAAACAGAUCAUCCUUACCUAAUAAAUCUGCAUUUAUGAAUUUUUCAUGAAAUGAGUACCUGAAGUCCUAUAUAUUUUAUGUGCAAUUCGAGUUGGACUGUCAGUAAAGUUUUCUGCUCAAAAUUAAGGACCUGAAAAGAUUUUGAGUUCAAAUUUCUUUGUGAAGAAAAUCUAAGUUUACCAUCAUUUCCAGAAGUACGUGUCUUACCGGUUUUAAUGAGGAAAAAAGGAGAUAAUGGUCUUUUGAAGCUUCCAUCUCACUUCAGUGCUCAGAAUGCAGUAAUAUCUAGACAGUCUAAUAUCUGUUUCAGUGGUCUGUUUACUAUGAAAAGGGAGUGAAAAAGAAGCAGAAACUUUAGCUAUUCAUCAGUGUUGUUUAUAAGCAGUACUACUAUUACAUUUUUGAGGAACAUUAAUUCUACCAAAGUAGGAACAGCUUUAAUUCUGGACCUAGAAAAACAUACGUACACACACUUGAAAGAUUAAAAUGGAUUAUCUUUCCCCCAUUACAAUUAAGAAAUAAAAAUUACUACAUUAUUGUUUUCAGUGAUUUCAGGCCAAUAUUUUGAAAUGCUACUGAAGAUAUGCCAAUCUUUAUUGUGACAUUUCUGCACAAAAGCUGUGAAGAGGCUACUGGAGUAGAAAGAAUGCU